CCUCCCCGACUCUUCACUCUCAAUCCCAAUCCCUUACUUGAAAAAUUGAUAAAAUCAUGAAGAGCCCAUAACUUUUCUCAAGAAUUUGGUUCUACAAGAGGCUAUUUGCAGAAAUUGGAGCAAGAUUAUAAGAGAGUUGGAGAGUUGUAGUUCGAUUUGAAGAAAAGGAGUUCAAGACUUCAAGGUAAUUUAUACGUAAGGCUUACGCCUUACGCCUCAAGGCGAACGCCUUGCUGAGGCUCUUCCGGCUACGCCUCAGCCUUUUAAAACAUUGCCUGCACCUACAACUUCCUCGACUUCUGGCCCAACUCUGAUUACGCAGACGACGUCAUCAUCAGAGUUCUUCUUGGUAGUUAAAGUAAGUAUUGAUAAAAAAAAACCCUAAGUCGUCCGCCUCUAUCCAUGGCGGUCGGCAGCCCCAUAACCCCAAAGCCCUCGUAUGCAGCCGUCCUUGCAGCUGAUUCCUCGCUCCCUUUUGCAAUCGCUGAUCUGCCAGCACCCUUCACUGAAGAUGGCUUGGUCUUCGUCCGUAUUUCAGAAGAGCCAUUUCUUCGGGGACUUGAUCGCUGCAAGACCAACCUGAUUGGUCGUGUCACCGUACCGACCAAGACUCCAGAACUGGUUCAGCAAUUGAAAUCGCAUUGGUCUAAUCUCAAUCCCUAGACUGUAGCAUCACUUAGACAUGGUUUUUUCAUGCUUUAGUUUAACACCUUGACUGACAUGCAACGGGUCUUGUCAUUGGGUUAUGUGUGUCUCAACUCUGGAAUGCUUCGUUUAAUCAAGUGGUCACCUGAAUUCUCACCAUUAACAUACAAAAACUCCUUUGCCCAAGUAUGGAUUCGUUUGUGGGAUUUGAAUUUUGCAUUCUGGGAUCAGCAAACCCUUUUUGAAAUUGCUUCAGGAAUUGGUACGCCUUUGAAACUUCAUCCCCAUACAAAGAACUCUACUGUUGGUUUGUAUGCCAGAAUCCUAGUUGAUGUAGACUUCUUUCAAUCACCUCCGGAUAAGCUCAGAAUACCUAGAGCUAAUGGUGAAGUGGUAAUAGUUGGAGUUGAAUUUGAAUCAGUGCCAGUUGUUUGCAGUAAGUGUGGGAUUGUCGGUCAUGUGGCUUCCUCUUGUCAGGUUAAUCCGAAGGUUGGUAUUGCUGUCCCAAGUACACGAGGAUGGUCAACAGAGCAGACUGCUCGCAAAUGCGGCAAAGCGAGAUCACAUAAGAGCACGCCCCGUGCCUCUAGCCAAGCCUCUUUUUGUUCUCAAUCUGCACAACAUUCUGAGCCAGGGAAAACUGUUGCGAAGGAUUCCCCUGCAGUCCCAGCAUUGAUUUCAAUGCCGGGUGUAAUCCCAAGCAUUGAACCAUUACCCUCCAUGCAGGAUGUGUGCUCCUUUGCCCAUGUCUCUGACCACAACGCCUUAGAGCAGGCAACACGGGUUCAGAAGCAGACCCCAUUGGGAUUCAGGAGGUAGUAGCACAAGUGCAAAGAGUAGAAGAAGUACAUACAUCCUCCUCGCUUAGUGUGCCUCCAGGUUUUCAAAAAUUUUUGCCAGGAACAGAACAAGAAUUUAUACCCUUAGAUGAAGUGAGUUCUGCAUGUGUCCAUACUGUGGAAGUGGAAGAGGGAGAGUUCACUCCAGUCAUCUCCAAGAAAAGAAAAAAAUUGCAGAAAUAUGAGGCAGUCUUGAAGCCUAAGGCAGGUAAAGCAACGUUGGUAUGUCCUCUCUACAAGGGGGCAAAGCAAAAGCUUUAUAAAUGAAUGUUGUCUUCUGAAUGCCCGGGGCUUCGCAAAUGAGGGCACGCAGCGGGUGUUAAAUAAUUUGGUACGUAACUACAAGCCUAAAUUAGUUUUUAUUUUGGAACCUUUUGUGGUUCCUGAAGUUCUUCCUAGCUCUCUCUAGAAACUAUUAAAUCUUAAUUUAUGUGCCACUAACGAUCGGGGGUCACAAGCUCCAAAUCUCUGGUUGUUGUGUUCUAUUGAUGUCAGGCCCACUCUUCUCUCUUCAACUGACCAACAAAUAACGAUAUCUUGCUUUCUGGAUGGUGUUGAUUGUACCAUUACAGCAGUUUAUGCCAAAACUACAAUUCAGGGUCGACGUCAACUAUGGCCUGAUUUGUCUGUUAUUCAACAGAAUGGAAUUCAGGGGCCGUGGUUGAUGCUUGGUGAUUUUAAUUGUGUUCUUGGUGCACAUGAAAAACGUGGAGGGAAUGUGCCUAAUGCUAUAUCUUGUCGGGAUUUCCAGCAAAUGUGCACUUCUUGUGGCAUGUUGGAUAUUGACAGCAAUUGAGGUUUCUAUACUUGGUCAAUUGGCAGAACUGACGUUAGAUUGGACAGAGCUUUUGGUAACACUGACUGGUUUGAGGCCUGGGCAACCAUUGAGUGUCGUACCCUUACCAAGGCCUCUUCUGAUCAUCACCCCAUCAUGGUUUCUUGUUCUCGGCUGAAUUUUCUUCCUCAUGCUCCAUUCCGGUUUCAAGGUAUGUGGCUGCAGUAUCCAGGUUUCCUUGCUAU